AUGAGGUUUACUCUGAGGGCACAUGUAUCCACUGUGACAGAUCUUAAACCGGUUAGCCACCGCCAGACCCCCCACCUUCUCUCCGCAGAUUCCAAAGGAUGCCUUUAUCUGUGGAACCUAAUUAGUAGGCGGCCUAUCGCCUCGAUAGACUUAAAGACCCAUAUCAUCGCCAUUGAAGUGGUAGGGCAAGGCCUCUAUGCAGCUCUUGCUAGAGACAAUAAACUUCGCUUUAUCAGUCUGCAGGAGGAAUCGAGAUUGACGAGAAUAAAUGACAAGGUUUCCAGAGAACUGCAAUCGCUGGAGAUUGUCUAUGAAAUACCAGUAAACUGCUUGAACUUUGCUAACUUCGCGCUGCAGGACCUUGGUUUACGUAAUUACAGGCUUUGGUGCUGCAAUACGAUGGAUGCAGAGUCAAUUGAUGUCUACGAAUUUCAAUUAGGAGAUAGGCAGUCAUUUAAAAGAACCUUUAAUGCCAUUAACCUCUUCGACUCUGUAGCUGGAUUGGCGGAAGCGAAGCAAAAGUUUAGGUUUGACAAAAUGGGAAUCGUGAUGCGUUUCAUUGUUGCCGGCGAUACGGUAUUCUGCGGUUAUGAAAGUGGUGUGGUGGUUGGCCUUCGUAUACGUGACAAAAGUCUACAGAUCUGCUAUGCUUCCUUUGCUCACUACCCGGAACCAGUACUGUCGUUAGCGCAUGACCGAACUGAGAGAAGAGUGUUCAGCUCGUCUACCACAGAUCAGGUUUGCGUCCAUAACAUUCCUACCCCUGAUCUUCCAGUGGUCACCAGUGUCUCUGGUAUUCAGGUUGUAGCAAACGCUGGAACAAGAGAAGAGGUAAUCAAUGCACCACUUAAGAAAAUAGGCCAUCUGGCAGUAUUGAAUGACAUUCUGCUAUUAACCAGCUGGCACGGUUACGUAUUAGGUCUACAAGAUCAAAAGGAACUUUUCAGAUACCGUAAAGAGCGGAACCUGCUGUGCGUGGAUGACUCCACAGAUGGACAGGCAGAAACCAAGAAGGAGAAGCCAUGGAUUAACCCAGGGCCAAUCGCAGGCAUAGCCCAUAGUACAGACUCGCAAUUAGUUCUUGAAAAACUUCCGAUUGGGGGACACCGCCGUCUGAAGAACUUUUUGGAACACAAAUGGUACAUUACAGGUUAUAAUGAUGGGACUAUCACAGUCUCUCAAAUAUAG